CAAAGUAGGAAUUUUCUGACAUUAGUUGUGAAAAUAAUGGCCGAUUAGAAAUAAUUUCCGAAGAAAAAAAUCGCGAAUGAUGUUGUUUUGCGAUUAAAAACUUACAAAACUUCAUUAAAACAAAACGAAUUUAUCCGAGUUUAACUACAAAGUGCGAAAAAUUUAUCUCUACCCAAGUGAAAACACUCCAAAAACCUCGUAUUUCUACUGAAAACCAAAAUCAUGUCGUGUGGAGGAGUGUGCUGCCUUUGCCUUGCACCAGCGAUAGCGAAUUAAAAAAAAAAUCCAAUGCAUUGCUAAAAAAGUGUAAAACGUUUUUUCUCUUUAGCAUUAUAAAGUUGAAAACCAAACGAAUCAAAUAAAUCUAGUGUUAAAUUUAUCAAAAACACACUCGCGAAAAAGGUAGAUGUAACUUUUAAACCAAUUUAAUUCCCUCGAAUGCCACCACUAAUCCUCUUCAACAAUCAUUCGAGUUCGAGUGGACAAAAAAACACCACAGCAUUACUGGAUGGAACACAGGAACCAGGUGCAACAGCAGAUUCUCAGUCGGAUAUCACAAGUACUGUAGCAUCACAACAACACCAGCAGCAGCCCCAAAUGAUUUCAAUUCGUGAAGAACACCAGGAUUCGGCAAGUAUGUCAGCUCCGGGAGCUCCAAUGACAGCAGAAAAUGGUGGUGUUCCUGAUGGAACCCUCUGGACUGCACUGUACGAUUACGAAGCUCAGGGGGAAGAUGAAUUGUCCCUGAAUCGGGGACAAAUUGUCUGUGUUUUGUCAAUGGAUAGCAAUAUAUCGGGCGAUGAAGGCUGGUGGACGGGAAAAAUUGGAGAUAAGGUUGGAAUAUUUCCUUCAAAUUUUGUCACAAACGAGGAUCCAAUGCUAGUAAAUGUACCCUCAAGCAUCGGUGAAAUUCAACCCCUUGAAAUAGCAUACGAAGAGUUAGAUGUUCAAGAAGUUAUUGGCGUUGGUGGUUUUUGUAAAGUUCAUCGUGGAUUUUAUGGACAUGAAGAAGUUGCAGUAAAAGCUGCUCGUCAAGGACCAGAUGAAGACAUUGAAAUAACACGAGAAAAUGUACUUCAAGAGGCAAAGCUUUUUUGGGCUCUAAAACACGAAAAUAUUGUUGCAUUGCGUGGUGUGUGUUUGAAACCACCGAAACUAUGCCUUGUUAUGGAAUACGCAAGAGGUGGUUCAUUAAAUCGCAUUUUGGCUGGCCGAAAAAUUCCACCCCACGUUUUGGUGAAUUGGGCAAUUCAAAUUGCUUGUGGCAUGAAUUACCUUCACAACGAAGCACCACUUUCUAUUAUUCAUCGUGAUUUAAAAAGUUCCAAUGUUUUAAUUUUCGAAGCAAUAGAUGGUGAUAAUCUUGAAAACAAAACUCUCAAAAUAACCGACUUUGGCCUAGCUCGAGAGCUUUACAAUACAACGAGAAUGUCGGCGGCUGGGACAUAUGCCUGGAUGCCUCCGGAAGUAAUAAGCCGAGGAACUUACUCCAAAUCUUCGGAUGUUUGGAGCUAUGGUGUCCUGUUAUGGGAAUUAAUAACAGGUGAAACACCAUACAAAGGUUUCGAUUCCUUGUCAGUGGCUUAUGGUGUUGCAGUGAACACGUUAGCUCUACCUAUACCAAAAACUUGUCCUGAAGCUUGGGGAAAACUUAUGAAAAGUUGUUGGGAGAAUGACCCACAUAAAAGACCUGGUUUUAUGGAUAUUCUUAUGAAGCUUGAGGACAUCGCACGGUCCGGUUUUACACAAACACCACAAGAAUCGUUUCAUACUAUGCAAGACGGCUGGAAGAAAGAAAUCGCGGAGGUUCUAUAUGAAUUGCGCAUGAAAGAAAAGGAAUUGCGCUGCAAAGAAGCUGAAUUGAGACGCGUUCAACUCCAGCAACGUGAACAAGCCAAAGAUUUACAACUACGCGAACAAGAGUUAAUGGCACGUGAAUUAGAGUUGAUUGGACGUGAGUUAAUAAUCGCACAAAACACUCCAGUGCCAAGGAAACGAAAAGGUCGCUUUAAAAAGCUGAAGGUUAGUAUAUUUUCGAUAAAAAUUAAAAAACAAAUUAAACCUUUGUGUGUUUUUAAGCUUUUGAAACGUGAGCCUGCUCAAAUAUCACUUCCGAUUGAUUUUCGACAUACAAUAACAACAAUACGAGAUAAGUCACGAGCCAGAACAGACACACCACCUGGUUCGCCGGCUAUAUCAGGACUUCGAAUCGUUGCACUUCCACCGGAUGGAUUUAAAGGCAAAACAUGGGGUCCAUCAACAGUUCAUCAACGUGAACGAAGCCAUUUGUUGCCAUCGCUUCAUUCCACAGAGUGGAAACCAUCCUCUCAUUUUAGUAAAAGUGCUCCAAAUUUGGACAAAUCACGGAUAGCAUUUCCUCAACAACCACCUGGCACACAAUCAGCAAUAGCUGCUACAACAUCGGCGAUGAUAGCCGGCAACACAAUUGGUUAUAUUCCACAAGGUAUUCCAAUAUCAUCAACCAAAUUUCAACAUUAUACUAUUGCUAAUAACAAGAAUAAUAAUCAUACAAUAAGCAACAUCAACAUCAGUAGCUUAAGUAAUUACAGUGGCAAUAAUUUAAUUAAUAAUAACAAUCAUAAUAAAUUAAGUAACAAUAGUAUUAGAAAAAGUAAAAAGAAAAGUAAAACAUCAACGGCUGCCAGUAGCAUAUCACCUCCUCGUCGUGGUAGUAGUAAUAAUAACGGUAACAAUAACAGCAUCCAAUUGGCUAAGAGUCAAGAUGUAGAAUCCUUAAGAAAUGUCGCCAAUUCCUCAGCACAAAUUCCUUUUAGUUAUAGUUUUAUUAAUUCCUUUGGUGGUAGUUGCAGUAGUGGGGGUACUCUUUUCGGCAAUAGUGUUCGUCAUACACAUCAGUUAUCAAUAUCAUCAAAUAAUGACCAAAUAAUUAGUAGUGGUGGUGGUGGUGUAGGUAGUAGUGUGCCAAUGACGACUUACGAAGACGACGAUGAAAUAGAAAAACCGACAGGUUGUUUCAAUCUCCGCCGUAUGGCAAAUAGUCAAAGCUCAUCAACAUCCACUAUGAAAAUUAGCAACCAAACUCCUCCUAAUGGGGGACAGAAAAAACAUAGUUUAGAUAGUAAAAUCCCCUCCUUAAUUCAGACACAACGGGAGUGCUCUAGUACGUUAGCGGUAACUAAUAUUGACAAUGUAACUUACGAUCGUGUAUUCUACAAAGCCAUGCAAAAAAGUCUCGAUGAGAUAUUUUCAACCCCUUGUGACAUUUCUACGAUAUCGUCUGCCAAUCGUCAUGUUUGGAAUCAUUCGGAAAAGGCGAGUUCGAAAUCAAGUGGAGAUCUAACUAUGUACAGUUUUGAUUCUGCAAUCCAACAGGGCCCGGAUGAAACAGAGAGUGCAUAUAGGUUUCAACGGAAUGGCUCGGGCUCUCAGUUUCCCCGACAUUACUUUUUUAGACAGGAAUCAAAUUCUCUGGGUGAUAAGGUUGCCAUGAUAUCUAAAAGUUCUAGUAGCAGCAGUCGCAGUAGUAGUCGCAGUGAAGUUGACCAAUUCAGUGAGAGUUUUAAUUCGUCAUCCUGCCAGCAGGGCACCCAAGUUCUGAAUUCCGAAUAUUCGUCCUCGGCUGAUGUUUCACGGAAGAGUUCAGUUGUAACAUUUCAAUGUACAAAAACCGAUGAACUUAAUUCCUCCUUCAAACAAGAUCAAGACUGUUUUUACAAAGAAAGUAAUAAUUCUUUCAGUUUUACAACAAAUUACAGCGAUGAUGCCGAUGAAAAUGCAGAUGACAUUGGUGCGCAGUCGUCAAACACUUCAGAUUUUAUACUUCCCAACUCAAUGAUGGCUUCGAGAAAAUUAAAAGACAUCAAACCUGAUACUGAAGGUAUGAAACACAAUAGUUCAUCCCAUUUGCAUUUGAAUAAACAGGGGAAAAAGAAAAAGACUGUAUUGGCUGGGGGAAAGCUGAAAGAUUUUAUGAAUUUCUUUAGUUUUGGCACUUUGGGAAGAAACUCAAAAAAGAAACUUGCCCAGACAUCAGGAAGUGCUGCUUAUACGUUGUUCAAAAAUAAUUCCGAGUUGAAUGGGAUUGAGGGCGAAGAAGUAAUUGUAGCUAACAGUUCAAAAACUCAAGAAGACGAUGCUGAAGUUAUAGAAACAAUUGAAACCUUCAAAAAGGAAGUUGUAAUUACUAACGAAAAUAAUAAAACAACACAAGAUUAAUUCUUGCAAAACUUCUGAAUUGAAAUCUAUUAUAAAGUAAAAUAGAAUAUCGCAGAUAUGACAGAUAUGUAUUAUCUGCUUAAAUCUUAAUUGUAAAAUAAUUGUCAUUCCCUCAACUUCGUGAGUCCACAAUGUUCCAUGCACCACAUGUAACUACUAACUGAAAUCGUAAUAUU